AAAGCCACUUAGUGAGCUGGAGAUAUCCCGACCAACUUCGCUUUCGCUCGAUUGAUUACCGAUGGUACCGCGGUUGACCAACUGGUAGCAGUACCCAAACAAAAGCGAGAUGGAAGCCGUUAUACACGAGGCGACUCUACACAAAGAACAAUGUUUCCCGCUCGAACGAAACGGUGAUAGUGUGACGAACGGUGAUGUGAAGUUCGGUUCGGAUUGUGACAAUGGUUUGGAAACGUUCGGUAUGGUACCGUCUACACCUCCGGUCAAUAUGCGCUUCGAAAGGGUCACCUACACAGCAACCGAAGGUGGAUUGUUUCAGAGUAAACGAAAGAAACGGAUCUUGCACGAAGUUAACGGCACAUUUCCGGGAGGUCAGCUAAUAGCGAUAAUGGGACCAUCGGGAGCAGGAAAGAGCACAUUGUUGAACGUUCUGAGCGGUUACAGCAUCCGUGGGGUCGGAGGAAACGUGUACAUAAACAACGGUCUCAGGAAUUUGAAAGCGUUCAGGAAAAUAUCGUGUUACAUAACCCAAGACGAUAGGUUGCAGCCUCUGCUUACCGUCGCGGAAAACAUGCAGAUCGCUGCCGAUCUUAAAUUGACUUCGAGCGUCAGUCGAUGCGAGAAAUCGUCUAUCAUUGACAAUAUCCUAAGUACUUUGGGCCUUAUCGAUACCAAAGCAACCAAAAUAUCGCGUCUGUCCGGAGGUCAAAAGAAAAGGCUUUCGAUAGCUUUAGAACUAAUCAACAAUCCAUUGGUGCUGUUCUUAGACGAACCUACCACCGGUUUAGACAGUUCAUCCUGCAGCCAAUGCGUGAAACUGCUUCAGGUCCUCGCCAAUCAGGGACGGACCAUAAUAUGUACCAUCCACCAGCCGGCGGCAUCGCUGUUUCAAUUAUUCAACCAGGUUUAUGUGUUGAGCGACGGGAGAUGCUUGUAUCAGGGCGGGACAGAUCAGAUGAUCCCGUUCUUCCAAAACGUCGGGUUUCCAUGUCCGCAAUUUCACAAUCCCGCCGACUACGUGAUUGAGUUGGCUUGCGGAGAAUACGGCAACGAUAAAAUAAACAUAAUGGUUGAAUCGUCGGGCAAUGGAGACUCCCUGACGUAUUUUGAAGACAGAAAGAUCCUGUCGAGCAACAGAAACACCGGGAAAGAAUGCGAAACCUUUGAUGAUGACGAGGAAGGACUGCAGGCCACAUCAAAGUUAAACCAGUUAAAAGUUCUAAUGCGAAGGGGCUACAUCAAGUCGAAAAGAGACAAGACUCUGACGUACUUGAGAGUUGGGGUGAAUGUAGUCGUAGCUUUAAUGUUGGGAGCUCUUUAUUACAAGGCGGGAAUCGAUGGAUCCAAAGUUUUGGACAACUACAAUCUACUGUUCUCCAUACUCAUGCACCACAUGAUGUCCACGAUGAUGUUAACUAUUUUGACUUUUCCCCAAGAAAUGAACAUUCUCAUCAAAGAGCACUUCAACAGAUGGUAUUCGCUCAAAAUGUAUUACGCUUCGGUGACCUUGAUAGAUCUUCCGUUGUCGAUAUUUUGCUGUUUCCUGUUCAGCGCCAUUAUAUAUAUUUUAACGGCCCAACCAUACGAUAUGACAAGAUUUACGAUGUUCUUCGUAAGUAGCAUGCUGGUUGUGUUCGUCGCGCAAAGUUUUGGACUGAUGAUAGGGGCAUAUUUUAAUGUAGUGAACGGCACUUUUCUUGGGCCAACUUUGUCAGUUCCUAUGAUGAUGUUUGCUGGUUUUGGAGUGUCUCUUCGAGAUCUGCCCUCAUAUCUCUACUGGGGCAGCUACAUCUCAUAUCUCCGUUUUGCGCUUGAAGGAAUAGUCGGAGCUGUCUAUGGGAUGAACAGGGCCACCCUCGAUUGUCCCGAGGACCUAUACUGUCACUACAGAUAUCCCAAGAAAUUCCUGGAAGAUGUGGCUGUGAAAGCUGAUCAGUUCAGCAACGAUGUUAUAGCACUGAUUUUGUUUUGGUUCUUGCUCAGGAUAGGGGCGUUAGUCAUAUUAAAGUACAAACUGCACUCGGUCCGCUAAUAUGAAUCGACAGAAUCGAGACGUUAAGUCUGCACUUCAUACUCCUGUGAUUUACGAGUAGCGACUAAUAUAUUUUAAAGGUGUUAUUUUCUACAUCUGAGGGUUUAUUGCAAUCUUUAAGUGCUACUCAACAUGUUUGUAGAUUAUCUCAACGGUCUAUAUCAAUGCAAUUUUUUCUUUUUCUUCGAAAAUGGUCCUACUUUAUAUAAUUAAAAAGCGUAUAAAUAUAAGGUUUCGAGGAUAAGAAGUAGAUUCUGGAAAACUACUGCAAAGGGCUGUGCAUUUCGUAGGUGCAAUAUUUAUUUCUUAUACUAUGGAGGAAUUUGGACAUUUUUUUAAUUUAUGUUAUAUCUAUUCAGUUAGAUUUGUAGUAUAUAAAGGAGUUUAUAUUAUAUAUAUUUUCUUUAAAACCCGGCAAAGUCUCACUGUAACCUUAUUAGUAUAGUAUCUUACAAACCCCAACUAGGCCAAAACUAAUAGAACAAGAUUGCUUUCAAAAUCUCUUCGCUGUGCGGAGCAAGUAAAAGUUGUAGCCCUGGAUCUCCCACUUAUACGAGUAUAUGAUUUUGUCCAAUAGAGUAAAUGCUUAUUAUCUGAAAGCAUGCAGAAGGUCGUAAUAAUAAAUGACGUCAUCGCGUCUAAAUAUAGCACAAGAUAUGGUGACUUUCACGUGGACUUUUUCAAAUAUCUCGAGCAGCGUGUGUGAUAGACGACAACCAUAAAUAUAAAAAUUGUAGCUCAACAGGACUGUCGAAACCAAAUAGCCAUAUUUUUCACAAAUUUCGAUUUACGGCUAACAAUUUACUACCGAAAACAAAAAAAUAUUAUCAAUAAUUGAAAAACAAAAGAAAAUUGUUAAAAAAUACUUGGCGACGUUUGAAAGUUGAAAUGCCGAGCCAAAUCUGAAAUCGAUAGCUGCAAAUUUAAGGCACCUACUACAUUUUGUAUUAUGGCACGAAACAUCCCGAACACCCUAUAUAAUGAGUAGAACGACAGAGUGAAAAAUUAUUAUUGAGCAAAAAUACUCCUACUAUUAAAGAAGGUAGAAAGAGAAGAUAUGAACAAAGCAAUAGAUAUAAAUCAACUGAAGAUCGAAGAAGUGAAUAGUCAAAUAUAACAUGAAACAAACAACCAAUAGAAGACAAAUUGUGUAGCAAAAAGAACACUAACUGCAUUAAUUACAAAAAAAAUAACUUAGAACUGCAGAUAAGACAAAAAAGGAGACAUGGUUGACAACGAGAAAAGACAACUCAAAAACGGAAACGAUAUUAAGAUACAAAGCCAUGAAUAAAUUGAUCAAAAAGAAGACAAAAAGGGCGAAAAAGUUAUGGCUGAAUUUAAAAUGUGCAGAAAUCUAAGAACCUGAAAACAAACAUGCACAAAAGAGUUAAGGAAGAAGGGCAAUGACAAGGAGAAGACUGAGCAAAUGAUAUAGGUUCAAAGUGCUAUAAAAUGAAAAGACAUAUUUCUGUUUUUUUUUGUAUUAUGUAAGCAACUAUAUAACAUAACGUUUUUAUCACAUUUGAAUUUUUGAUCACUUUUCCAACAAGUUGGGCUGAAUUUCGCCAAUAACUUGUUCGAUGUUAAUUUUUAAGUUGCUAGUUUGGGGAUUGUUAGUGUAUACCAAAGACUUUACAUAACUUAAAGGAAAAAAAUCCAGAGGGGUAAGGUCACACGACAAUGGCUUCCAGAUGAUACGACCAAGAAAUUAUUCGCCCCUCAAAAAAUUCAUUAUGUCUAAGAUAAUGUGGCAAAAUCUUUUCGAAGAGCACCUAUUGCCCAUUUUCAUAGAACUUUUGCACUAUAACUAAAAGUUGGUCUUUAUAAAUAUGAAGAGGCCAGCUUUCAUGAGAGGAUGGUUCACUAGGUGGUUGAGUUGAGUUAAGAAACGAUCUUCUAAUGUAAGGUGGAGAAAUACUAGCAAAUGAAUACAAUUUUGGUAGGUUUCAAGCAGCCCAUUAUCUUCCUGCAAGAAUCAUUAAUGUUAAAGACCAUCUAAAUUUGAUAAUUACGGACAUUUCAUGUAGCAAGUAGAAAAUAAAAGAAAUAAAGCAUCUCCUUUGAUUAUUUAAUA